CUACACGACUUUGCUCCUCUCGGCGGUGCUGAACUACUCCUCGAAAGCGACACAGGGUAAUAAUCAUGGCAACUCGUCGGGCCAUCAAGGCUAUUAACUGGACCGCACUCGCCGAGCGUAUUUCGGAGGCCGAGAGGGGCACCUUCGCCGCCUUCAAGGCCAAAUCCGACCAAUAUCUCAGGAGAGUCAACGAGAACUCGGAGUCUGCACCCAAGAUCGACUGGGCCUUUUACAAGAGCAGGAUUGGAAUUCCUGGAUUGGUCGACAAGUUCCAGAAGGAAUAUGAAUCUGUGAAGAUCGACUACCCAGCUGACAAGUACACCCCGUUGAUCGAGGCUCAGGAGAAAGAAGCUCUCGAAGCAGUACAGAAGUUCAUCAGCGAUUCCAAUGCUCGCAUCGCAGAGAACCAGAAGCAAAUCAAAAAGUUGGAAGGUAUGCUGAAGUACAGUCAAAUGACCAUGGAAGAUUUCAGAGAUGCCCACCCAGAGCUUGCGAUCGAUCCGCUCAACAACCCAACAAUCUUCCCGCAUACUCCUGAAUACCAGCCUGACCCUGAAGGAACUGAAAAGCCAGCUGCUCAACAUUAAACACAAUUCAUUUACGUUAUGUCUCUAGUAGUUGAUAAAUGCUCGGCUGUUCUCAGUGGCUGAUUGUGUAAUUUAUCAAGAUCUUCGGUAAAAGCAAUGCCAUGUAUAAAUCGAAAUUCGUAACAAUUCUCAGAAAUAAAUCUGUUAUCUAAAA